UUCAGUAUUUAAGCUGUGUACAGAAGUGGGUAACUUCACAGAUACACUAUUCCCUCCCGCUAGAGGUUUGAUCGGGUUGAGCUUUGGGAAUGUUGUGUCCAAAAGAAAGAGAGAGGCACCACCUUGUCUCUUCUCUUCCUCUAAGCUCUCUGUUUGUCCCGACGGAGGCAGGAAAAUGCUUCCCCAUGGGGUCAUAAAUGCCGUAGCACAUGCGGUACGAUGUCCUUUCAAGCAAUGUCAGUACCCCAAUUGUCGUCUGGUCUAUGCGCUUCUCCUUCAUGGAAGUCGAUGCCAAGUUCGUGUACCAGGAGGUUGUCUUCUCUGUAAGAAGAUGUGGCUUCUCCUUUAUCACCAUGCUCUGUCUUGCAAAGAAGAUGAGUGCUAUGUGCCCCGUUGCAGAGAUAUAAGAGAAAAAAUGAGGAAGAGGCUGCAGGCUGAGAGAGAUGAUGAGAUUCAUAACAAGGCUGCAGUACGGGCUGCACCAGGAGCCUGAUGGAGAGAUAGUGAGAAAGAGAGUUGCAAAUCAACGGAGCUAGUAAACAUCACUCACAAAAAAGUUGUGUUAGAGAAUGAUCCCCUAUAUUAUUGAGAUUAUUAUGUUGGAAAAUAUUGUUAUUUGGCCAAAAUCCAUUUUUAGCAUUUCAAACUA